AUGUCAGGCCUCUCCCACGCUAAAAUUGUCCACCGGCCUUCCAAGACCAGAGGAACAGCCAACCAUGGGUGGCUCGACACCAAACAUUCCUUCUCUUUCGCCAGCUGGUACGAUCCAAAAUACACUCAAUUCGGCUCUCUCCGUGUCCUGAAUGAAGAUCGAGUCGAGCCAGGCGAGGGCUUCCCCACCCAUCAUCACCAGAACGCUGAGAUCUUCUCAUAUGUCCUCAGCGGAGAAUUGACGCAUAGGGACUCAAUGCAAAAGAAAGGUCAAGAAAGUGAGGACAAAAACAAGUUCUUCCGACUACACCGUGGAGAUGUGCAAUUCACCACCGGUGGCCGAGGCAUCUCACAUAGCGAAUACAACGAACACAAUGAUAGCUGGGUUCACUUCCUGCAAAUCUGGGCUUUGCCGUGGAAGCGGAACUUGCCUCCUGCAUAUCACACAAGCACAUUCUCUGAAGAAUCCAAGCGACAAGGAUUUGUGACUAUCAUCACACCCUUGAAGGCUGGUCCAAAUGCAACGCUUGACGAGGAAAAGGCCGCAGUGCCAAGUGUUGAGGGUACCAUUCCUAUCCACGCAGAUCUUGUUUUCAGUGCAAGCAUUAUUCCCCAAGGGAAGACUUUCACUUACAAGGUCGGCGGAGGAGAUGUGGUAUCUUCCAAAUCGGGGCGAAAUGUUUACGUCCACUUGCCCGAAACGAAAGGUGGAAAAGCUAAGAUCCGGAUUGACGGACGAGACAACGCCAUUCUGAGCGAGGGCGAUGCAGCAUUUGUGACUCAAGUCAGCGCCAAUGACGAACUAAAGGUUGAAAGCAUAGGCGAAGCUGAGGCAGAGGUUGUAGUCAUUGAUUCAGAGUAA